UCUCGGUAGCCCUUCUCUCUCGCUUGCCACCCCUACAAAAGAGCGCAGGCGCCCUUUCUUCUCCUCCCAUCGAGAGAGAGAGAGAGAGAGAGAGAGAGAGAGGAUGGGAGAAGGGAGAGAAGGAGAUUGGGAGUGCGGUGGCUGCCACAACAGGAACUACGCCUUCCGGUCCUUCUGCAAUCGAUGCAAACAGCCUCGUCUUCUCGUCGACACCACCUCUCCUGCCGAUUCCAAAUGGCUCCCCCGCAUCGGUGACUGGAUCUGCACAGGUUGCAGUAACAACAAUUACGCUUCAAGAGAAAAGUGCAAAAAGUGCGGGGAACCAAAGGAGGUAGCAGCAAUGCCAGCAAUUGCAAUGCCUGGAGCUUCUCUCCCAACUUAUGCACAUUAUUUUGCCAGGGCUCACGGAGGACCAGGAUUCAAGAUGAAUUUCGGGAUAACAGGAAAUUCCGCUCUUCAGCAGUCACUUCCUUCGAACGCGAAUUGGUUAUUUGGAGGGGCUAAUAAGUAUGGACUUCCUUCAGCGUCUGUUUGGCCCUUAGGUGGAAACAAUGGCAGUGGAUUUCCAUAUGCUAACAAUGCAAGUCAGCUUCUUGUGGUUCCAAAAGGCUGGCGUAAUGGGGACUGGAUGUGCCAUUGUGGGUUCCAUAACUACUCUUCUCGUGCACAGUGUAAAAAAUGCAAUGCCUCUUUGCCAUCUGCUGCACCCUCUUCUAUGGCAAAUUCAGCAGCUUCAGAUUUGUUUCCAUUGUCCCCAUCUUUAAAUUUUGGGAGGUCGCCACACGGAACGCUUCAAGAUGCUUCAAAACAUGGAACUCAUGCCUCAUAUCCAGCUCUGGGAACAAAACGAUUGGCAUCGGAUGAAUUUGUUAAUGAGUGGGACAACAAGAGAUUAAAUGCAGGAGAUAUUUACAAUCAUGCUCUGACAAAUGGGCAGCAACGUUCUUAUCAGGGCUUUGAGCAAAUGGUGGGAUCCAGUAAUGAUCAAACACCCGGAAUGUAUGUCUCACAUCCCAGUGCAAGCUCUGCCAUGGCUGCAAAUUUUCAAAUGCACGUGCAGUCACCGCAGCUGGCAGCAAUGCCUACACUUCUAGGAAAAGGAGCAAAGCAAUGGCGCGAUGGAGAUUGGAUGUGCACAAACUGCAAUAAUCAUAACUUUGCAUCACGAUCCCAUUGCAAUAGGUGUAAAACUCAAAAGGAUGCUCUUACUAAGCCUGUCAGUGUUGCGUAGCCGGGUCCUAUGAGAGAGAGGGCUUGAGCUUGUUGUGAGGUUUGUUAGUUUUGAUUGAGAGGGUGGUAAUAGUUGUUUGGGUAGAGUGAAGUUUUUUGUGCUGUUUUUGUAAAGCAGCUUAGUUUCAGGAUUUAUUUGUGUUAUCUGUUGAGUAGCUUAGAUAUUCACAUGCAUUAAAAAAAUUGUUUUGGAAAUGAUUUUUGGUUAGUUUGGAAAAUAUUUUUUGGGGGUUUUGCUUUGUUCAGUGAGGAAUGUGGAUUUAACAAUGAAUUUUGAAUUUUUAUUUCGCUUGAUUGAUGGAUUUUCUUAUGAA